ACGGCGGGGCGGGGAUACGGCGGCUUCCGCAUCGGUGGAGCCGCGGCUGUUUGCCGCCCCUGGGCUAUGGCGUUGCUGCUGCCCUUGUCCCUGCCCCAGCUCGGCGCGGUGCUAGCGGUCUUGGCCGCCCUCCUCCUGCUCCUGGUUUGUAUGAUCGCUCACAUAACUGCAGUAAAAAUGCCAACUCUCCACCGACAUGCAGAAGAAAAGUUCUUCGUCAGUGCUGAAGGCAGGAAGGAACCUGUACCGAGUAUCCACGACCCCCCUACAAAGGAACUCUCUGUUGUUGUGCCUUCAUACAAUGAGGAAGAUCGGUUACCUCUUAUGAUGGAUGAAGCUUUGGAUUAUCUAGAAAAAAGACAGAAACGAGACCCUUCCUUCACUUAUGAAGUAAUAGUGGUUGAUGAUGGUAGUAAAGAUCAGACCACAGAGGUUGCGAUGAAGUACUGCGAGAAAUACGGAAGCGACAAAGUGCGAGUGCUUUCUUUGGUAAAAAAUCGAGGGAAAGGAGGAGCAGUCAGGAUGGGUGUUCUUAGUUCUCGGGGGAAAAAAAUUCUUAUGGCUGAUGCAGAUGGAGCUACAAAAUUUGCAGAUAUUGAAAAAGUGGAAGAAGGUCUAAAAAAUCUCCAACCGUGGCCUAACCAGAUGGCUAUUUCCUGUGGUUCUAGAGCUCAUAUGGAAAAGGACUCAAUAGCAAAGCGCUCUUACUUUCGAACUCUUCUUAUGUACGGCUUCCAUUUCCUUGUGUGGUUUCUCUGUGUCAAAAAGAUCAGGGAUACACAGUGUGGAUUUAAACUUUUAACCAGAGAAGCUGCAUUGCGGACAUUCUCAACCCUCCACGUAGAACGCUGGGCGUUUGAUGUGGAACUCCUUUACAUAGCUCAGCACUUGAGAAUACCUAUAGCAGAAGUUGCUGUCAACUGGACUGAAAUUGAAGGUUCUAAGUUAGUUCCCUUUUGGAGCUGGCUGCAGAUGGGCAGGGACCUUCUUUUUAUACGACUGCGAUAUAUGACUGGUGCCUGGCAGCUUGAAACAAGAAAAUGUAAUUAGGUUAUUUACAUUUUCCAAAUGUAUUAUUAUACUUAAUGGAACAUGAGAACAGUUUCAAUCAAGUGAAAUGGUGUUGAAAGCUGAGGUAAUUCUUUAUUGCUCCUGCUGUAUGUUUCAUUUUUGCAGCACGUGUCCUGUAAGAUUCUCAACAAGGAAUUUGUACAAUGUUCAGUGAAGAGAAAGCAUUUCCAAAGAACAUUUUCUUGUCUGGUUGUUGGGUCUUCCUUUUAUUAAGUAGUUGCGUUACCGUGUCAUAUAAACUCACUCACAUAAAUACAUCUGCCUUUGUCUCAUCAUACAUUCAGAAUUUCCGCUAGUAAAACUUACGCAAAUUAAAGAGAGGCACUCUUUUCUACAAGGUGCAAUAUUGGGCUGUGAAUGACCACAACCACUUUUCUCUGUAGUAUCUGGAAAUAUAUGGCCAUAUUACAACUUGAAUGAUCCAUCUUGAUUCGCACUAAUGUGUAUUUAGAUUCAGCGUUAUGGGAAACAUUAAUGGGUUUUACUGAUUUAUAAAAGCAACGUUCAUAAGGCUGUUCUAAGAACUUUCAGUAGUCUCUUGACAUUCCAAAUGUUCUGAAGCUGUCUGAAGCUAAAACAGUUUGUCUGAGAUCAAACUGCAGAUCGCUUCCAGACUGCAGAAGUUCCAAGAGAAAGCACAUUUCAUUUUAAAAUGGUGUCAUUUAUAAAUGUUUUGUUCAUACAUACUAAUUAAUACUGCAUGCUCAAGGCUAGGAGUCCUUGGCAUCUCUGAAUCAGCAGUGAAAAGGGUAUGGAAAACUAAUGCAGAAAUGAGACCCAGUCCAUGCUUGGAGGCUUGUGCAUUAGCCAUGCCAAUAUGAAGUUCUCACUCUUUGAAUGCGAUCAGAGGAAAAAGAAAGGACCUUUAGUCUUUCUUAUAACGCCAUACCUUAUUACAGUGCACAGCUUUAGUGCUGUCAGAACAGUUGUGGACUGCCAACAAACAAAGCCAAAUACAAAUAUGAACAGAUUUAAAGAACGAAGGUUAUAUGGUUUGUACUUUCACAUACGUUUCAACUGAUGGUUUUUCUUAUUCCUUCUGCAGUGGUAUACUGCAAUACUGAGUUCUGCUUCUGUAAGGGUUACCUCAGUUUUCUGUAUAAUAAACUGCUGGAAUAAAUUCUCAAAAAUA